GUUAUUUUGCCCUUCCUGCAUAUACAUGUAUAAACUAAACAAUUUUUCAUCUAGACUAUAUCAUUACUGAUUCAAAAUAAUCAUGAGAGCAUUGCGCCCAUACUUUCCUCUUAGCUGCACAGUCAUAUUUUUCAACAUGGCGAACAACUUCAAACGUGAUUCCUUUUGGAUGGCAAAAAUAAAAAAUCAAUUCUACAUGUUGUUUGAUAGGAAUCUGAAUGGAGUUGUUGGAAAAAAGGAUUUUGACAUGGCUUUCCAGGACCUGGUACUUAGAAGAGACUGGAAAGAUGGAAGUCCAAUGUGGAAGAGAGCCAACGUCAUGAAAAGUAACUUAUGGACAAAUCUAACCAGUGAUGCGGAUAAAAACAACCAGAUCAGCUUAGUUGAAUGGUGCACCUUCUGGGCGGACUUUGCUGCAAAUUACGAGAAGAAAAAUGACAUACCGUUGUGGUUCCGCGAGUAUAUUGACAUAACUUUUCACAUAAUUGACAAAAAUGGAGAUGGUUUGAUUGACGAAGUUGAAUUUGUUGGAUUUUACUACGAAUCAAGACACAUCCCCAACACUUUUCUAUGCUUCGUAGAGUCUGCAUACAGGAAAAUCAUUAUGAAUGGACAGCGGGUUUUGGACAUAGCUCUUUUCAGGGAGAUGAUACUUGGAUUCACUGUAUCUAGGGAUGUGGAAACUAUUGGGAAUACUUUUGGAGAAAUGAUAGUCAAACAAUUAGUUUCCAGAGCCGAAUUUAAUCGCACCGAUAUCUGGGAGAAGAAAAACAAGUAUCAGUUUUAUACCUGGUUUGAUCAAGACAAAAAUGGAGUGGUUAGCAAGAACGAUUUCGAUAUACAUGUGAAGAAUAUUCUCACCCUGACCAACUGGACAGAGGGCAGUCCAAUGUGGGUGAGAUUAAAUGACGUUUUUAGCAACAUGUGGAAGGCAGUGAAAUAUAUUGCAGACACUAACCUGGACGAUAUGGUUACCAUCGACGAAUGGCUAAAUGCCUUGGAAAAAAUGUGCCGGCAGAUUCAAACUAAGACCCUUCAAAUCCCACAAUGGUACUUACGUUACAUGGACGUUUACUUUGAUGUAUUUGAUAGACUUGGAAAUUCUGAUGGAUGGGUGGAGAAAGAGGAAUGGGUAACAUAUUACGGAAAAUGUUUAAAAUUGCCACAAGAAAGAUCUGAGAAAUAUUUCAAGAAUAUAACAUACGAACAACCAAAUCAACCAGUAAUGCGUUACCCUUUCAGCUUUCUCCUUCCAUAUAUCUGGCAAAACCUCCUUCACUUCCUCUUUGAUCUGUUUGUUAUGGCUCGGGAUGCCAAUGGGCCUAAUGAUCCAACACAGAUCAACUACGAUUAUACCAGAGGUCCACCAACCGGCCCAAGUCUCUUCGAUCGUGAAGAAGGUCUGAUUGAAAAUAGAAUAGCUUCCGUUAUGUACAACGGAUAA